GGCUUUAAAAAACGGGGAAAAAAAAAAAAAAGAAAAGGAAAAAAAAAUCCAGCUAAGCGGGUUCUAUCCUGUCCGGAGGUUCGGGCCGUACCCAGGUGCCGCCGCUGCCCGCGCCGACACCAUGAAGGCUCAGCCCGCGGCAGCCUCCGUCCUCUGCCUGUGCCUGAUGCUGGGGGCCUGCGCCGCCUCCUCCGAGGGAGGGCUCGGAAAGGGUUUUGGAGAUCAUAUUCAUUGGAGAACACUAGAAGAUGGGAAGAAAGAGGCAGCAGCCAGUGGUUUGCCCCUUAUGGUUAUCAUCCACAAGUCCUGGUGUGGAGCUUGCAAAGCUUUAAAGCCAAAGUUUGCUGAAUCCAAGGAGAUUUCUGAACUUGCCCAUAAUUUUGUUAUGGUCAACCUUGAGGAUGAUGAAGAGCCGAAGGAUGAAGCCUUUAGUCCUGAUGGAGGYUACAUUCCCAGAAUCCUUUUCAUGGAUCCCAGUGGAAAAGUCCAUCCAGAAAUCAUAAAUGAGAGAGGAAACCCCAGCUACAAGUAUUUCUAUACCAAUGCUGAUCAAGUUGUCCAAGGGAUGAAGGAGGCCCAGGAGAAGCUGACAGGUGAUGCUUUCAAACAAAAGCACCUGGGAGAUGAACUAUAAYGGAUACACUGAAUGAUAUUUUUUCAUCACUUCAAAACUAAGAGGAAAUGAUUAAACAGACCAAGAAUGUAGGUGCACUGAAGGGACAUAAUUCCCUUGUCAACAAUGUUAGGUUAAACCCUGUUUGGAGUUCACACACACACACAGCAGUUACAGUGUUUUCUCUGCCUGGCAGUUUGCACUGUGAUGGUUAUUUGCAACUGGCUAAUGUACAAACACUUCCCUUUGUGUGUUUGAGCAACCACUAAUAUUUGAURUUAAAAGGGAGGUGUGUAGGGAAAACAUUGGAGGACAAUGUGAUGGGAAAAACUAGAAGUAGCCAACAUUUUGACACUUAAUCAGGGUUGAAUCUCUCUUUUCUCACUGGUAUUAUGCCACCCACAGUUUUUACUGGGCAUUCCCAUGACUGGGGCAUGUUCCUGGGCCAGGUGUUUUCUGGAUAUCCAAAACCAUGAAUUCUGCCACUAUACCAAGUAGAAUACAUUUCAUGAAUGUCCAAGUAGCAUGWGAAUUAUCAGCUCUGCAAAUGUAUUUUUGUGUAAAACCGUGUAAUUCAUCUUUAUUUGCCUUUGGGCAGAAAUUUAACCUUUUCCUUAUGCACUCACCUUUUGAUUGUUCCAUCAAGUGAGGGUGGGUUAUGUUGAAGCUUUACGGGGUUUCCCCUUUUAUUCUUUGAAUGUUUUUGGCGAAUGCCUUGCCAUCACAUUGUACUGUAUUUUUGUACCAGGGUGAAAAAAUUAAACCUUUUUAAACAUAAGCAUGGAGAGAGUGUUUUGURGUUAAGCAUGGUGGGAUAUAUUUUUGUUUCUGUUUCAGUGAUUAUUGAUGUUGAAUAUCACAGCUGAAGGUUCCUCCUUUUUAUAAUUAAAAGAYAUCCAUUGUUUUUCCAUGUAAUUACAAUUCAGCCAUUCUCACAGUACCCAUACUGUUGAAGGCAAUGUGUUUAUUUACUGGAACUGAAAAGAAG